AUGAUAGUAAUCAAUACUGAUGCGAUAACUCGACAAUUUGAAGCAGCCUAUAGUCUCCAACCAUACUCGAUACAUAUCAUUAAAAUUGUGAUCUAUAGUGGUAUAGUAAGUGCUAAUGGUCAUCGUCAACUUUACAGGAAAAAACGUGAAUUAUCUGAGUGUGAUCAGUUGGGAUCUGUUGGCUCAAUUGUGGAAAUAACAUUUAGAAUAGUCUAUCCAAGAAGGUGUGGUAUAUCUAUAUCUUGUAAACAAAAAUAUAUCGAUGAUAGUAAAACUCGUUUUAAUACACAUAUUACAAGUAUUGUACUGAAACUGGAAUUCGCUGAUGGACUCUUCGUUGAACUUACAUUAAUCAUUUGCAAGAAAACGACGGAUAUAUUACCAUUUCCAUCGUUUGAUACUUCAAGCACUAAAACAGAAGAAAUAACUACUAUAAUAACAACAACAACAACAACAACGACGACAACCACAACGACAACAACGACAACAACAACAACAACAACAACUACUACUACCCUUGCUAAACUUCGCAUAUGUAAAUAUCGUUGA